GAGAUCUCAGCCAUUCGGUAGUCUCUGUACCAAUUCUGAACAUGCAGUAUUCCAUAUCCCGAAGUUAUGCCCGCCCGUCGACAAUAUUUGCGGACGGCGACCGGCACGAAGAAAGGGAUGAGGAAAGGCACCCGUAGUUGCCUGGCAUGUCGACAGCGCAAAGUCCGCUGUUGGUUCCCAUCACCGCAGUCUAGCGUGUGUGUCCAUUGCGCCCGUCGCAAAGCCGCCUGUGUGGCUCAGGGCCCUCAGCAUGAGCCUGAUUCUACUCCUGAAGAGGCAAUUGGGCGAACGAAUGAUCCUGGUCCGCCCAGCGCAAUUUCGAAUGAAGCUGUCUCAUUCUUUGAUGCCUUGGAAAGUUUGAAACGGAGGAUUGAUGCAUCCUUGAUGGACAGCCAGUUCCCGGACUCUCCAAACCAGCAAGCCAAGGCUUCUCAACCGUCCUUGGCCCCUGACUUGGUGCAAAGUGAAUGCGCCCCGGUCAUGCAGCUUCUCAAUCAUAGACUGGUAAGGAGUGCCAGUACGGUCCUUCCCGAUGACGCGGAGGAAAACAGUGAUGAUCCGAUGGAGUCGCCCCAUUUUCUCCGCGAGAUGUGUGCAACGCUUCCUUCCAAUCCUGAGAUUGCAACAAUUUUCAACUCUCGCAGCGGCUGGUGGGAAGUAUGGCGAGAGGCAUUCGGGCUUGCCUGGGGUCAUAUGAGCGACAGCUCGCUCGAGAAAUUUGCAACCCGCGCGGUCCGCUCUGGGAGGCCCUCUUCGCUUGGAAGCCUGCUGAUAUGCUUUGCCUUCAGCACCGGUGAGCACGACCGAUACCUCGCUCCGGUAGAACGCUGGGCCUUAUCCGACGAAGGACUCUCUGCUCACGAGGAGGACUUUCAAUGCAUGAUGGGCCUCGGACUCGGCCUUCUUAGCGCUCUUCAACCUCGUCGCGCAUGGAUCGUCUAUCGCAAGGCGAACACGCUUCUUCAGCUGGCGGGAAUUCACCGGACUCAUCGGCGCUCGGAAAGCCUUGACCUGGUCUUUUGGCAGUUGUUUGGUGCCGACCGCUGGGCUAGUCUUCUAGUCGGCUUACCUUAUUCAGUUCCCGAUCGUCUCUGCGACUUGUAUAUUCCCCCGUUAGACCAGUCGUCGCCCAUCAUCUUCCAUUCUCGGCAUAUGACCUUAUUAACAGGCCGCGUUAUUGACUGCCUUCAAUCUUCAGAGGGCCUGUCGCUGGCUGCGGUGGUCGCCGUAGGUGAAGAGAUCGAUAAGGUCACUUCACAGCUCCCUCGGGACUACCUGAGUAUGGGACAAAUUUUCGCCUGUCGGGAGGUGAAAGAGCAAAGCGCUCGGCUAUACCGUCUUAUGCAGAUAUACCAGCUCAAAACGUUCCUCUAUCUUCCUCUCUUCCUACAGGAUUGCGAAAUCGAACAGCGCCAGGAACAAAAUCUCUACCAAUCCCAGCGCCAUGGCGCUCGAUUUAGCCGAGUGGCCUGCGUGGAUAAUGCCCGGUCACUCCUAGAGUCCUUUCUAGCUCUAUACAACCUCGAUCCCGCCAAAGCAAUCAUGGACAACAGCGUAAAAUUGACCGGAUUCACUGCUCUCGCAGCUGCGGUGGUGGUAUUCCUAAAUCUUCUCGCCGACCAUCCGACAUCGACCGUAUCUGAAUCUGGCAAUGAAUCUGAUAGGAUUCUCAUCCGUAGGACCAUCGAGGUCCUUCAGACGCUGUCCGAAGGCCAGCCCCGAUCCCUAUGCGGACAGUGCCAUCAAGCUCUGGCGGAUCUCAUCCACAGUAGCCAGACCUUAAACCGAGGCGGUAGCCGACAGAUCGCCGUGCCGUAUUUUGGUUUGGUGGAAAUUAGUCGUGGGGGUGAUCAUGAGGCCUCCACGAACUCUAGUGGUACUCACGAGCAGCAUAUGGCUUCCCUAGAUUUCUUAACAGCUGAGCCAGAUCCUGGUGUCGAAAACAAUCAUGUUUCUGAUCUGUCGGAUAAUGAUCCGCUGGCAUUCCCGACAUUCUUCGACGAUGUGGUUUUCACUUAUGAGGGUCCUUGGGGCAUUCCUGACAUGGAGUCUUUCUGGCCGGGUCCAACUAUGGAUUACGGGGUUGAUUAA